AUGUUUUGUUGGAAGACCUCUCAAGUCUCCUCCAACCAAGGUUGUAUUCGCUUCAAGGGUGGUGGUGCCAACCCGCACAUUUACGGCCACAAGGGAAACAAAAGGAUAGGUGCCAUAGCAGAAAUCGGCGCCUCUCUGAAAUAUUUCUUUGGGGGCGUUGAUGUGGAUCACCGAGAAUACAAUCGGUGGAAACAAUGGGUCAUCAAAGCAAGGGGUAGCUUCGCGUGGACGCUCCUCCAGGGCCGAGCGUUGAAGGUGGUGGAACACCUGUCUGAUACCGACUAUCAGGGUGGAGAUGAAGUGAUUUCCAAGCUGUUGGAUGAACGAUGGCCUCAGAAGGAACGCAGUGAUGAGAUGGGUGAGCACAUCUCGGAGAUCUUCGGCCUCAAGGCCAAGGAUUGUGAGACGGUUCGUCAAUGGUGCGGAAGGGCUCGUGAAUGCUUCGACCCCUGCAAGAGAAAAGCUGGCGCGUCAUUCCCCGAUGAAGCUAGGCGAUGGAUCUUGUUUCAAUGCAGUGGAUUGAAUGAGGAGAAGCGUGCAGUGGUGUUGGCCCGCACGCAAGGUGAGCUGAAGUUCCACACCAUGGCCCUGUCGAUGCGCUCCUACUAUCCAGACUUUGUCGUGUCACGACGCAAGUCAGCGGCAAGUGCACAUCUGGUGGAACCUCGAGGAAUCCUAGAAGAAGACCUUCCACCGAAUCUGAGCGAGGUGGACUUUCAGGAUGUUGAACUGUUCCUGACUGAGUGUGGCAACGAGGCAGACGCUGCACUCCGGGCACUCAUUUUGGCAAAGGAUUUUUUCCGCUUUGCAAAAGUCUUUGCUUCUCCAAAAGUCUCCAAGGCGUGGCGCUUGCACAGCAUAAGCCUGCUCUCCAGCCCCUUGUCACUCAUGGCGGAGGAAUUGAGUCGAACUCCAGCCAAAGAGUUCAUAUCAGAAUGGAGCAAAACAUCUUUGUAG